CGCCAAACAAAAUGGCCUUCUCCCCUGGAAUGCCCGUCUUUCCUGCCAGUCCUGAACGCAGCAGCACGAAGCCACUAUGCAGCAACUCUGCAAAUGCAUCACCGGUACUGUCCCCGUCGACAUCGCCCCUCCGCACCCACUCGCCGCUGCGACACACCCACCGCCGAACCGACUCGGACGUUUCCGUCACAGCCCUUACCGGCAUGUUUGAAAACCUCGAGGUUAAGGACCCACGAGAAGCGUGCAGGCGUUUCAAGGAACUGCUAGACAAGGAAAAGGCACGACACGCGGAGAAGCUGGCCAAGCUCGAAAAGGAGCACGCGAAAAAGGAGAAGGAACACGAAAUGGCGCUCAGCCGGCGCGACAUGCGCAUCGAAGAGCUCAAGAGUGAGCUCGAGAACGCCAGUGGCUCGCUCGAGGUUGCCAUCACCAAAGAGCGCUACGAAAAAGAGCGCAAGGCGAACAAGGCUGCCAUUAACCAGUGGGAGACUGUGUUCAAGCAAAACGAAGAGCGGUGGAAAGGCAUGCAACACAAGAUGGUUGAGGCAGAAAACCAGGCCAAAACCUACGAAGGCAAAUAUCGAAGCUACAAGAAGCAGUGGAUUGAGGCAAACAACGACAAGCUCCGGCAUUCAUCCAUGAUCCCACAACUACAAUCUAAAAUCCAAGGCCUACAGCGUAGUUUGCAGCGGGCUGAGUCGGACGUAAAGUUCAAGACCGACGAGGCUACCAAAUACAAGAACGAUGUAUACAACUUGCAGGUGGAGCUUGAGAGCACCAGCAACCGUCUCAACGAAGAGGUGCAGGCACUCAAGGAGAAGCUGAGCCUGGCCGAAGGAGAGCGAGAUGCUCUUAAGACGAGUCUGAAAGAGGAAGAGGUCUUGCGCAUUGCCGCUGAAGGCCAGAUACCGCUACCAUCCGCCGAGUCUGACGAGCAUGACGAGUUCGCAUCACCACCACGAUCACCGCGCAAGCAGCAACAGGGUUCCCGCCAAGAUGACGAUAAGGAAAACGUUUCUCCAAAGAAGGGUGCAGUGGAGCUGCGGUUCAUCCAACAAGAGUUGGCUGCAGAGAAGCGUGCCCGCGAGCGUGCUGAAGAGCAGAUUGACUUUAUGAAGAUGGAGUGUCAGUUCCAGUGCUGCUCAUGCCGUAUUGCCGAGACAAGAGGCAAGCAGUUUGUGCACGACGACUCUCUCCAAGCUGAGAUGCAGCGUAUUAAGUCAACUCAGCCAGUCUUUACGCCUCCAGCUAGCAACCACGGAGACGAUGCCAUGGAGGGUGUAGUCAUGAAGCAGGGCCCUGUUGAAGCUGAGCGUCCCGUCACUCCUGUGGCAGAUGCCGAGCCGCUUGCCAAGGAGCCAGACACUGUCGUCGCGUUCUCACCAUCUACGGGCACUUUCCGCUCUGUGCCUUCUCCCAUGAAGGCACGGCCAACGAUGGCUGCAGCAGAGCCGUCGCCCGUUGUAGAGAUGGCCGAAGCACCACCACGGGAUCUCGGCGCAAAGAGGGUAUCGGUUCUUGCCGAGGAGAUUUCUCUUCCAGCGUCACGCCCAACAUCGCGCCCAGCGUCCCGCGUUGCCUUCGUGCGCGAUGAUCGAAAGAGCAAGUCGGGCGAUAUCAGCAUCCACGAGGAUGCCAUUGAGGACAGUGAUGACGACGAUGUAUUACCAGAACGUGAAUCCACUGGACCUGUCACUCCCUAUCUCACACGCACCAUCACCACCACUACCACAAUUCCCCUGCACUUCUCUCCUGCAACCCCAGCCUACAAGGCUGGACGAGGCCCUAUGACUCCUUCGACUGUCGCCCACGCCGCGGCAGAUGCACAGACGCCUGUCUUGGGCGAGCUGUCCUUGAACAACGUUGGCUUCGAUCGAGAGGCUGCCCUUGCAGCAAUCCGUGAGCGACGCGGCCGUGCUAGAAGUAUGGCUGCCGGGCACGGAACACCGAUGAAGCAGAUGGUAGAGGGAGUAAAGGACCGAAGGGACAUCAGUGCACCUAUACAGAGGGUACGAAGUGUAUCGAGGCUGCAGAGAUGAUUGCUCGAUACUAGAAGGCUUCGAGACGUUUGUCGGUGACUUGCGUGCUGGCGAAGGCGCAUAGAGAGUCGUGAUACCCUUUAUUUCUCCGUUCGCGGCUUUAACUUGCGCUUGGCGGCAUUGCAUGGAGUUGGAGGCUACUAUUGUUGCAUCAUCUACUGGACUUGGCGUUGGAUUUCCUAUGUUGGUUCGUUUGAUUAGGCAAAAACUGAGUUAUAUACCACAGUUACGCUUUUAUGUUUGAUGAUUAGUAGAGUAGAGUGAGUGUAAUUUGUAUCAAUAUCC